AAAUUAUUUUGAAUAAUUUUUGAAUAAUUAUACUUUGAUUGACGAUUUGGAACAAUUUGGAAUUUGUAAAGAACAAUACAAAAUGUUUGAAAAGAAUUUAAAUGACUUUGUUCGUGGUUUGAGAAACAACAAAAAUAAUGAGUCAAAGUACAUUACCGAAUGUCUAGAUGAAAUAAAACAAGAAUUGCGUCAAGAAAAUAUUGCACUAAAAGCCAAUGCAGUUCUUAAACUUUCUUAUAUUCAAAUGUUGGGGUAUGACAUUACCUGGGCUGCUUUUAACAUGAUUGAAGUUAUGAGCUCACAAAAGUUUACUCACAAACGAAUUGCUUACAUGACAGCUUCACAAAGUUUUCACGCUGAUUUAGAUGUGCUUAUGCUGGCUACAAAUCUUAUAAAGAAGGAUAUGAACAGUGUUAAUCAGUAUGAUGCAGGUGCGGCCAUGGCUGGUCUAUCUUGUUUUAUAUCUCCAGACCUUGCUAGAGACUUGGCUAAUGAUAUUAUGAGCAUGAUGGUAUCCUCAAAACCAUACAUUCGCAAACGUGCAAUUCUUCUUAUGUACAAAGUGUUUCUAAAUUUUCCUGAUGCUUUGCGUCCAUCAUUUCCAAGGUUAAAAGAGAGACUUGAAGAUAGUGAUACUGGUGUUCAGUGUGCUGCUGUUAAUGUUAUUUGCGAGCUAGCUCGUAAACAUCCAAAAAAUUAUCUUGCGUUGGCUCCUCUUUUUUUCAAAUUGAUGACUACUUCUUCAAACAAUUGGAUGCUUAUAAAAAUUAUAAAACUUUUUGGUGCAUUAUGUCCAUUAGAACCACGCUUGGGUAAAAAACUACUUGAACCACUUACAAGUCUCAUUCAUAGCACAUCUGCAAUGUCACUUUUGUAUGAAUGUAUAAAUACAGUUGUCGCUGGAUUACCUGAUCAUCCGCCAUCCAUGCAGCUUUGUGUCACAAAAUUGAAGCUGCUCAUAGAAGACCAAGAUCAAAAUUUAAAAUAUCUCGGUCUUUUAUUACUCAACAAAAUUUUGAAAUCACAGCCAAAAUUAGUCAUGGGUCAUCGUGAUUUAAUUCUCCAGUGUCUCGAUGAUCGAGAUGAAUCUAUACGCUACAGAGCUCUGGAUUUAAUUGUUGGUAUGAUUACUAAGAAGACACUUCAAGAAAUUGUAAAAAAGUUGCUUUUGCACAUGUCUAAAGCAGAAGGAACAAAUUAUCGUGAUGAGCUUUUGUUAAAAAUAAUUGAGAUUUGCAGUCAAUCAAAUUAUCAAUUUGUUAUUAACUUUGAAUGGUACAUUGAUAUUCUCAUUAAGCUAAGUUCAGUGGAGGGUACAAAACAUGGUAGAGUUAUAGCCAAUCAGGUUUUAGAUGUUGUUGUUCGUGUAAAAGCUGUGAGAAGCUAUGCUGUUCCUGUAUUUGCUAAGCUUUUUGAUCAACCUUUAAUGUUUAUUGGGAUCAACGAAAAAAAUACGAGCUGUGAAGUUCUUUUUGCUGCAGCAUGGAUAGCUGGUGAAUUUGCAGAAUAUGUUGAGAAUAUUAAUGAUCUUGUGGAAAGUUUCACAAACCAACGUGUUUCUUUUCUACCUGGACAUAUACAAUGCGUUAUCAUUCAAUCUCUUGCAAAACUAUUCUCAAGAGUUCUUACAAAAUCUGAAGAGGAGGGAGACAUAGAUCUAAUUAAUAAGUUAACUGAGAAGCUUAACAAUGCACUGCCAAUGUUUAUGAAAAGUUCUGAUCUGGAAGUUCAAGACAGAUCAUGUUGUGUGAUGCAGUUAAUUAAAUUAGUUAUGAAAAUGAAAAGCGAAGGUGUUUCUUGUGCUCAGGAAGUCAGAUCAUUGUUUUCAGAAGAGUUGCUUCCUGUUGCUGCGAAAGCACAAAAAAAAGUUCCUAUACCAGAAGGUUUGGAUCUUGACAAAUGGAUAAAUGAACCACUAUCAGAUAAUGAAGAUAGCGAUACAGAUGAUGGAAAGAUGUUUUUUGUUUCUGACGAUAAAAAUAACAUUUCUUCACCAGAGAGAUACAUUGAACCAGAUGAAGAUGAUAUAAAAAAGGCCAAAGAAAUGCGAAAAGUAAUCCAAGAAAGUAAUCCACAUUACCUCAAAGGUGAAAUUAAGAAAAAGAACGAGACUGGAAUUUACUCUGUUGAUGAUAUUCCCAUCAAGCCUCUUCAUACAUCUGUACCUUUAGUGGUUUCUACAGAUAACAUGAAAAAGAAAAAAAGAAAUAAAAAAGGUAAAAAAAAAGGAAACUCAAAUGAAAGUGACGAAGAAGUUUUACAACAAACAUAUGAAGUUGCUGCUGUUGUUGACAUUGAAGGAGGAACAGAUAUUCCUGAUAAAAGUGAUCCCCUUGGCAUGCUGGAUAUUGAUAUUGACACUCCUCUGGCAGAACAUGAAACACUUCCUGUUGCUAAGCAUAGAGUAGUUAUGUCUAAACCGGCUGAUGUUAACGAACAGGUUAAAAAAAAAAAGAAAGGAAAGUCUAGUAAAGAAGAAAAAAAAACCAAGAAGGUAGUCCAUGAAAAUGAAAAUGAAAAAAAGAAUGAAAAAGAAAAAAAAAACAGAGUUAAAUCUGAUGAAAAUGAACAGGUCAAGAAAAACAGAGUAAAAAAAAAAAAAGAAAAAGAAAAUCAUAAAGAAAGUUCAACAGAAAAGAAACAGUCUGAAGAGGAUAGAAAGGCUACCUUACUAGCACAAGCAUCUACUUAUGCAAAAGAAGUCAAAAAAGAGGGUAGUGAAAUGGAUUUUUGGUUAUUUCCUACAAAACUAGAGUCUGAUGUUGUGAAUGAAACAAAGGAAACAGAAGAAUCAAAAAUACCAAAAGAAAAGAAAACGAAAAAAAGUAAACCAAAAGAAAAAGAUACAAAAAUCAAAAAAAGAAAAAUUCAAAAACAGGAUGUUGUAGCUGCUGCAGUAGCUAAUCCACCUGAAAUAAAUAUUAUUGAAAUGGAUGAAGUCACAGUUGAUCCAUGGUCACACUAUGAUGUUUUAUGUGAAGACAAAAAUAUUAAAUUAAUGUAUGAUGUACAAACCAAUAGAUCUCAUCGCAAUCAAGUUGUUGCUUCCAUUAUAUUCAAAAACUUAACAUCGCAAUACAUUAAAAAGAUGGAAUUCAAUGUCAUUGAUUCGCUGAACAUGAAACUUGUUCGUCAGAUGGGUGCAUCAUCUCGUGAUCCUGUAGAAGUUCCUUUUAUACUAUUGCCAAACAUGACAAAUGAAGGUCAGUUUGCAUUUAUCGUUGACAGCAUUGUAAUGGCACAAUGGUUAAGAGGAACACUUACUUAUAUUACCAAUGAUGGAGAAUCAAGUACCAGUGAAAAAUUAGAUUUCAAAAUAAAUUUUCCAGUUUCCAUACACAUCCAACAACAGCAUAUAUCCAGCAUUGAGUUCGCAAACCUGUUAGCCAGUGGAGAACUAAAUCAAAAACAAUCGAUUAAGACUCAAACAAGUGCUGAAACAAGCAUCGAUGUUGUGGUGCAACAAUUAUGUUUGUCUAUGCAUCUCUUAGUUGUGGAAAUGGUGGAAAAUGGUGCUUCCUUAUAUGGUUUAACAACCCAGUCACAUCCAUUAUGCUUUCUUGUCAAAAAAUCUAACGAGACCAUUUUAGUCGACGGCAAGAGCACGGAUUCUCAACUGCUUGCUUCUGUUAUAAAACAGCUCAAAGAUGUCAUCGAAAGACUUUAAUUAUUAAAAUAAUUUAAUUUUUUAUAUACUAGUUGAAAAAAAUUGUAUCUUAUCCGCCAAUACUUUCAAGGCUAUCGUUUUUUUUAUGUUAAUUUUGCUAAUAUUUGGAA